AUGCCCUCCAAAGUUGAAGAUCCCUGCCAGGAAUGUCGGGAACGCCAUCUGAAAUGCGACGAUAAUCAUCCCAAGUGCAAGCAGUGUGAGCGCCUGGGAGAAAAGUGUCGGAGGGGGAAGGGCAAGCUCAAGUUUCGUCAUGGUUCCAGCGCCCGAUAUGAUGCGACGUUCUCCAAAGACCAAACAUGGCUUGAGCAAACUAAGAAUGCUAAAUUCCAAUUUGUCGACCAGGGGCCCGAAUUAGAAAACUAUUAUUCCCAAGAUGACCUUGCGGUGAACAAUACCAAAUUCCAUGCUCAGGACCAGAAGCAGGAAGGUUUUACCGUUCCAUACAGGCGAAUCGAACCCUCUGCUGAUGCAGAUUUGUCCCCUCCUGUCCGCAGCGCACCGCCCCCGGAGCCUCCAUCUUUCUUAUCACCUUCGGGCACGAAUCAUGAGACCGUCCUUGUUCAUUCUCCCAUAAAGAGGAGGAAGACCGCUGAUUCAAUCCACCCAAGCUAUCCUUCCAACACCGAACCAUGGCCCCAAGGAGCAUACGACCCCAUUCGUUCUCAAUAUCGGGUCUAUGAUCCUCCCAAAGGUUUUACUUCUUUCAGUCCCGACGGAUUUACGGCGAUGCCAGAACAGCACUACGUCCCUAAAGUGGUGGAAGCGGAAUAUCGUCGCUUGGCGGAUUCUGCCGCUGCCGCGAUUCCCCCAGAGUCUCUCCUCUCACCCGCUAUCUGGAAAGAAGAAUUCUAUUGGCCGAACAAGUUCACCACGACACAAUGUGCUUGUCUGAUGCGGUACUAUAUAGAACACCUGGCGCCCUGGUUUGACGUGGGAGAUCCAGCAAGGCAUUUUACCCUGGUGGUCCCCCAACGCGCAAGAAGAUGCCCUCCGCUAUUGAACGCCAUAUUUACUGCCGCCGCCAGACAUCUCGCCUCUCUUGCCCGGUAUAGAACAACGGAUGGAGUGAUUAGUUACCAAAAUGUCCUUCUGCCGAAGCUCACCGCGGACACCGCCGUCAAAUACCACAACGCUUGCAUUGCAUACCUCAUCAAGUUGUCUAGCGAUCCCGAACACGUCAGAGACGAAAACUUAUUGGCCGCUGCCGUGAUAUUGAGAUACUACGAAGAGAUCGACACGUCGCUGAAAGGUGAAGACAGUGAGACCUUUCUUCACACCUUUCAGAUUUUCGUCAAGGCUCAAACGAACCCCUAUUCGUCUCUUCUGGCAGAUGGCAAAAGCCAAGAAUACCAGAGACCCGAAUCGAUGCUCGGCGUGCUUGACAAUGCACUGGCAUACGGGAAGAGUUUCCAACACGCAGCAUUUCGCAUAGCUUUACGUCAAGAGACCACGAUUGCGUUCUUGAAGCAAAGACCGGUGCGUCUCCCACUGGAAACCUGGUCCAUGCUGCAAGGAUUCGAGGACGCCGAAGAUUUUAUCUGGUCUGACCGACAUCUCUACCACUGCGCCAACGUGUUGCAAUACUGCUUUGGCGGGAUACCAAUGCUUCGCAAAUCACAAAUUGACAGGUGGACGGAACUCAAGAGUUUUGAAGCUCAGUGGGAUGAAUGCAAACCCUUGUCGUUUGCCCCAAUCCACUAUCAAGAGCCCGACCGUGCCAAAGGGGAGUGUCUACCUCAUAUCUGGUACAUGGCAGACGUCCACGUGACAGGCUUGUUGUCCUUGGAUCUCGCCAAAAUUCUUUUGACCGUGUACAAUCCGAAUAUUCCCCGGAUUGGCCCAGGUGUCCACGCCAUUCAAAGACGAGUUACUCGAGAAGUCCACGACAUUGUGAUUCGACUAUGCGGGACUGCAAUGUCGAAUCCCUCUUCACAACCGGCUAUGAUCCAAGCUUAUAUGGCCAUUGCCAUCUGUGGAGAGGAUUUUACCGACCCAGUUGAACAGCGAGCAUUAUUGGAAAUCUUGGACCGGUUAGAAAAUGACCUUGGCUGGCCGACGGGCAAGACGGCAACGGACCUGAAAAGGGGAUGGGGUUGGACUUGA